UAUGAAAUAGUGGACUUUUAAACUGAUAACUGUAUAUAAUUAAUGUAAAUAUUUACAUUAAUCAUGGAAAGGAAAAUCAGUACACCAGAGUCUCAUGAUCAUAAGCAGGAUCCACAGAGUAAUAUGGCGUUGCGUACUUUCAUCAGAGAGAACUAUGAUGUGAAAAUGUAUUUUUCCAACACAUUCUCUUGCAUGCCAUCUCAUAAAACACCGCCACCGUCCUCAGUACGAAAUACGAGACCAUUCAAUCCUUUCAAUCAGAAUCUGAAGGAGCGGCUUGAAAAUGCAACAUUCAGCCCAACGGUUUUCGAGAGAGUUCUUAGUCCAAGAGAGGUGUCAAAAACAGAGCUAAGGUGGAACAUAGAUGAUAUAUCAAAGUGUAAUCCGGCCAAUAUUGAUGAAGAAUCCCAUGUUGAUGGCAUUGAUAAUGAAGAAACUAGAGAGGAUGUACAGGAAGCUAUAGAUAAAUAUUUUUCUCAAACGAACAUGCCCAGUCCAUGGAAUGUAGUGCCGAGGGAUUUCAGUUCGCCAAUGACAGGCACUCCAGGCUCGGUUUGUAAUGCUCCGAAAAAAGAUAGCAUGAUGUCAUCAACUCCGAAAAAGUCAGGAUCUGAACAGAGGAUCAAAUUUGUCACCAAUGCAUGCACUCAAACAACGUGGAGCCUACCACCAAAACUACCCGAUCAUAUAGAAGAGAUUCUGAAGCCGUAUUUCAACGUAGUCAAGGACGAUGAUAUGGUAGAAGCAGACGAAGAAGAUAGUAGUAUAAUGAGCAUAUCCAACUUGAGACGAAAACUAGAUUUCACCAGGAAUCACAUUUCUCCUCAUCGGUUUGAUACUGACGACAGUAUGGGAAGUAACACUAGUUUGGAUGAAGUUGACAGAUAUCUUGGUACGCCAUUACCUAUGGUUUCAUCCCCUGAUGUAUCUCCGAUUCAUAGUUCCAAGAUUAGGAAAAGUGACUCAAGUCGCAGCUCAUGUAGCAGGCUCAAUUUCACACAAGACAUGAAUGUGUCUACAUUGCCCGCUGAAUCUGAUGAUGUAAGUGGAAAAUCCGAAGCAGACACCUCAGAAAUGUCACUGAUACUCUGCUCGCAGCGAGCGGAUGAAAAUAACGACGAGUUCCUUUGUCCGUUACCAUUAACUGUUACCGCAGAACUACCCAGCCAGGAUACCGGCUACCAUACCGAUGUAACAGGUAUGAGCGGUUCCUGUUCUCAGGGUAACAACAGUCAGGAACUGGUAUCUAAGGAAAGUAACGACGUGACUUAUGGGUGGUCGGGAUUUACGCAUCAUUUGGAAAAGGCGCAAUUGGAUAAACGCCAUGCAACUGCUGUGUCCACGCCAACAAAAUCAAGCAAACAUAACCUAUAACGAAUGUAAGUUUUAGUACAUUACUAAUUCAAUUGUUAAGAUUUGUUACUCUUGUUGUUUUAGUUGAAACACUAGAUAUGAUUAGGUUUUGAUAGGCUUAGUUGGUUGAUAAAUAUUCUGUCCCAUCUACAGCUCCAAGUACCUAACCUAACUGAAGUAAACUAACCUAACCUAACUAAAACAAGUUCAAUAUCAACUCAAUGUGAGUUGAUACAUGUGAAAUAAUGUUGUUUCCAUACUAGAAAAGUCCAAAUUGGUUGAUAAAAUACAGAUAUACAGGUGCCAGCAGAUAUGCUCCUCUGUUUACAGGUCAAGUAACUAACCUAACCAAAGUAAAUACCAGUAGCCUAUAAUUGAAUUGUUGAUAUUUAUUACCCAUAAGUUGAUACAUUAUAAAUCAUUAGGUUUUGGUAUUAAAACAUAACAGGCUAAGCUAGUUGGUAAUUAAGCUGCUCUGUUUACAGCUUGCUUCAAGUAUGUUACCUAACCUCACUUUUAUAACAGAUUUAAGGCUAGUAUGACUACAAUUUGAAUGUCAGGGUUAAUAAAUUGAGCAAGUAGUGAGUAGAACCAUUUUAAAUUUGAAUAGACUUUGAUAUUGGAUCAGGGAAAUGUGGGUAUUAGACUUACCUACUACUGAUCUGUUCAUAGCUUUGAGAAGGCUACUCAACUUUUAAAUAUAUAAUAUAUUUAUUUGAAUAAUGUUGCUUAGUGUUAAUCCACACUCUUAGCUCUUGCAUCAAGUCACAGAAUAACAAUAUAAUAAUUGUUAUUUACUAAUAUUGCAGUGCAAUUGAAUCUUUUGAAAAGACUAGCCCACAAUAUAGGAUAUUUGAACAAAUCAAUUGCAAUUAUCGAUGUUAUACGCCACACUUCAAUCAAACAAGUAAUACCGGUAUCAAGUAAAGGUUUGGUAAAAUUAUUAUCUUUAAAUUUUUAUUUACUAGGCUAUUUGUUGUGAGACUCAUUACAACCGUAGAAUUCUGGUGGAAAAUAUAGUUGUUGACCAAGUCUGUUGUUCAAUCCCAAUAAUAUUCAUAUGAUAGUAUUAACAAAUAAAUGAAUAGUCAAAUAAAUACAACAGUUAGAGGAUAAUUAUGCUACAUCUGCGUUUUGCUCUACCACUACUGAUUUUUCAUUUGUCAAUUAUAAGCUUUUUGAAUCUUCUGGAAGCUUGUGUAUAGCUGAUAAUCUCAAGGUGUUUGCCGUUUCAAAAUAUUCAGAAAGGCUUCUAUCAAGUAGAAAACAAUCAGUGUCAAUCGCUUUAUGAAAGUCAAUAAUUUCAAGAGUUUUAGCGUGUUGAUCACAUUUUUUGUUGAAACUUUGUUGAUGAUAAGCUGCUUUAUGUUUCAUAUUUUCAAUCGAAAAACGGUGGUCUAAAUUAAUUAGAAUCUGGAUUCUCGGAUUAGAUUCUGGUGGAUUUUCUCGGAUUAGAAAAAAAUAAUAAUUCUAGACUAAGCUUGACCACACAGUUUUGUAAUAUACAGUCACUACGGUAUACAUCACAUUUGCUGCUGGAGUCAGUAAUUUUUUUGACUAGGAAUUUUGUGCUAGAUGUUUCAUUGGAGAGAGAGAGAGAGAGAGAGAGAUAAAUUUCGUGCAAUUUGUCACAAUAUAACUUGCUGACAAUUUUUGGGAAAUUAAUAUCAGAUUGCGAAUUAGUGUAAUAAGCAAUCACUGCUAAUAGUUUUAGCUUUUUAACGGUGAUCGAGUUUUUGCAACAACGUGUUACAUAAUCAAUAUGAAGCUGAUCAUUUAUUGAGUGCUUCAAUAUGAAUAUCUUUCCUGUUCCUUUCUCAAUCAUUAAUAUUAUUUAUGUAUCGGUAAAUCGUAAGUGUAUGAAUGAAAGUUAAUUUUUCGCUCCAGUUUUCAACUCACUGAUAUUUUUAUAUCUUAUUGAAGCAAAGUGUUACUCCAAUUGCACGUGUAGGAGUAUACAUAUAAAUAUCACUAAUAUGAUUAAGUUCUAUCAAAUGAUAGAAACCCUAUAAAAUUUCUGUCUUACAAUUUGACUAACUUCAAAGAGUAUAUUUUUCUAUGUUUAAGUUCGACCUAUGAUUGACACACUUACAAUUUCAGUCUUUCAAAUUGACUGGACUUUUUGUAGGCUUGAAAUGUUUGAAAAAAUUGUGAUGACAAGAGACUGAUCCUAUUACCUAUAUUAGGUUUCAUUUUCAAAUUGGUCUCAAUUUUAAGUGUUUUUAAUGGUAGCAUAAUUGGCUUGCUAUUAUUUUAUGUAUUAUACUAUUUGCAUGUGGGUUUCCAGUUCUUAUUGUAAUAUUAAUUUUUCAUAUGGUGAAAAAUUGUUAUUUUAAAUUCAUGAUUUCCUGUCACCAUGUUUUAUUUCUCACUUGAAUUAUUAUUUUUUUACUUUCAUUUCUUAUUCAUUGUUUAAUAUGACAUAUUACAUUGUGAUAAUAGGUGAAGUGUGAGCUGGUUUCAUUUCUCUUUACUUUUUUUUAAUGACUAUUAAAUUUCUCACUUCAAUUUCCACCACUUAAUUUUUUUAUCUAUUAAUAAGUAAGUAUGUGAUAAAAUAAUAAGUUUGAGCUGGUCUCACUUGUUAUUCAACUGCCUUACAAUAAUAAUGUUUUGCUAAAUUAAUGUUUCAAUUUGAUAGGCUAAUGACUUUUUGUAAAUAUAAUAUUUUGACAUUUUAGGAAUUAUUGAGCUUUUAAUUGUAUUCUAUUAGAUGCUAUGUGCCAUAGAACUUACUGCCAGUGUAGGAUGAGUUAAUAUUUUAACAUGGAGAGAAACAUUUUAUAAAUUUUCAUUGGGCAUUAUUUGUUUAUAUAGAUGAAUUAGGCUAUUCAUAAUUAUUGUUAAAAGUGUGUAUAAACUGUACAGUAGUUUUAUUAUUGUUUAAUGGGAUUGUAGUUGAAUUUGUACAUGUUUAACGUUUAUUUCGCCUUCUAUUGUUUAUUUGUGUGUGAGUCUGUGGAACUAGUGUUGAUCAGCUAAUUGUAGUCUAUUUAUUAUUUAUUUUAGUUUAAUUAUAAUUAGCUCAAUAGUUUUGUGCUUGUAGAAGUGUAUUCUAUUCAAGGACGCUUUCAAUUUCAGUCAAUUUGACUAGACAUUUUUGUAGGCUUGACAUUUUUGAAAAAAUUUUGAAAGCAGUUUUUUCCUUGAAAAAUUCAGUAAUUGCCUUGAAAAUACUAAUAAUAGUUAGAUGAAACACCCACUUUGUGUUAAUAUUUUAUUAUUUGCCAAUAUUGGAAUUCUUACAUCACUUCUAGCGUUAUUAUACUUUUUGAGAAUGAUUUCCAUAUAUAUACUGCCAUUUAGACUAGAAAGAGAUUAUUUACAAAUAAUCUUAUUAAUUAUAAUUUUUAAAUUGAAACAGUUAAGUUUGCUUGCUGUUAAUUGAUAUUAUGAUCA